AUGCUAACUUAUACAGAUUUUUGUCUUAAACUAGCUAAAAUAAUUAAAGAAGAGUAAAUUGAAUCACUAACUUUGAAAACUCUAGUAGAUGAAACAAUCGACUUAUUAGACAGAUAGUAGCCUCCAGUUGACACAUAUGAAGAAGUAAUUGCCAAGGAAUUAUUGUUUUACAGAACUGAAUGUUAAUAUCUCAAUAAGCUAAGACUCUCACUCUAAAAUUAAGUGAAGCUAUUGCAAAGAUAAUUAUAAGAGGAAAAAGAAACCAAUAUGGAAUUAGCAAAUUUUCUAAAAACGCAAAAACAAGAAUAGUUAUUGAAUAAGACAAAAACAGAAGAGUUAAAUAAUAUAGCAUUAAAAAAUGAAUCCUAAAACGUAAGUGCUCGAUAGCAUAAAAACUGUAAUUAACUACUUUUAAUUGAUUUUUAUUUAGAAUUAAAUAUUACUUAGAGAUAAGCCUUAUAGCCAUAAACAACUAAACAGAUGUAACUAGCUCCUCAUCUUACCAUAGAGAUUAAAAAUAUAAAAACUCCAUUGUUGGAACAUUAAGACCCAAAAAAUCUCAAAGAAUUAUUCCAAUAGUGCGUAUAACAGAUUUCUAGGGAAAAUCAGAUGAGAGGAAAUCAUAUUAAGAAAAAUAAACAAAUGUGCAGUAGAGAUCAUUCAGGACAAUUUAAUAUCAGUGAAGAUUAGAAAGAUGAUAUUUUUUCAAAACUUGAUAUCAAAACCCUGACAGAAAAAUUUUUCUUAAAUCCGCAAUUUUUUAAAAUGAUAGAGGCCUAAAUAUUUGAUGUAAAGUGUUGCAAUAAUAAGGCUUGCCUUUACAAUUUCAAAUAAUCUUAAUUAUCAUCAGAACCAUAACAAAUCUAAAACGAAAGUAAAAUUUUUUAAAUUCCUAAAAAAAUACCAUAAUUUCGAUCAGAUCAUAGAAGUAGAAGUGUAGGCAGACAAGAUGAUUUAAAACUUCAAUAUUAGUAUUUAUUCGCAGAUGUAUUGCGUUUAGAAAGAGAGUUGUGUGCAACCCCUAAAUAAAAUAAAAAUAGAUAAAUUGAAUUAAAAAGUUAAUUGAAAGAUAUUCGUGAAAAACUAUAUCAAUUAUAGUGUAGGAUUUUAAACUGA